GAUCGCAACAACGACACUAAUCUGAUCUAUGCUGCGCGGGGUGGUCACCGUGCGGUGGUUGAGGCGUUGCUGAAGAAGUACUGUGAUGUGGACAUUGUGGGCAAGGAGCGGAAAACUGCCCUCUACUGGGCAGUAGAGAAAGGGCACACUUCUGUAGUUAAGGUACUGCUGAGUGCAAACCCAGAGCUAGAACACACCACCAAGGAAGGUGACACUUGCCUCUUACGGGCUGUGAAGAACAAGAACGCUGAAGUGGUACAACUUCUGGUGGACAAGAAGGCCCGGGUGUCAGUUGCUGAUAAGAAGGGAGAUACAGCACUCCAUAUAGCAAUGAGAGGACGAUCCAAG